AUGGAAGAGUUGAACUUUGACAUUAAUGCUCUUGCGAAUGAAUUAGGUGGGUAUUUAGAAAGGCUAACUAAUGAACAGAGAUUUGCAUACGAUCAAAUAAUUGGUGUUGUUAGCGGUAAUAUGGGUGGACUUUUCUUCUUAUACGGUCAAGGUGGUUGUGGAAAAACAUUCUUAUGGUCAACUAUAUCAUGCUCAAUUAGGUCUAAAGGAGGUAUAGUUUUAAAUGUUGCUUCGAGUGGGAUUGCUGCACUUUUGUUGUCUAAUGGAAGAACUGCACAUUCAAGGUUUAAAAUUCCUUUAAUCAUAAAUGAAGAUUCUUUGUGUAGCAUUAAACAGGGAAGUCAUCUUGCAAGGUUAAUAUCCAAGGCCAAAUUAAUCAUAUGGGAUGAAUCUCCAAUGAUAAGUAAAUAUUGUUACGAAGCUUUGGACAAAUGCCUCAGAGACAUCUUAAGGUGCUCAGAUUCGUAUAAUGCUCAUUUGCCAUUUGGAGGUAAAGUUGUUGUUCUCGGAGGAGAUUUUAGACAAAUUUUACCUGUGAUUCCCAGAGGCUCAAGGCAAGAUAUAAUUCAGUCUUCUAUUAAUUCUUCAUAUUUGUGGCAUAACUGUAAGGUUUUGAAGCUUACAAAAAAUAUGAGAUUGUCACUAGGUGAAAACAACAACAUACAAAAACUCAGAAAUUUUACAGAAUGGCUACUCAAAAUUGGUGAUGGUUUGGCUGGUGAUACAACAGAUGGUGAAUCGAUCGUUCAUAUACCAUCUGACAUUUUGGUUAAGAACUCUGAGACAGCUUUGGAUGACUUCAUUGAUUUCGUGUAUCCAGAUAUGUUAUCCAAUUUAUCUGUUAAAAAUUAUUUCAAGGAUAGAACAAUUCUUGCACCAACUUUAAAUUGUGUCACUGAUGUCAACAACAAGAUGACUGCAGGGUUACCUGGACAAGAAAGAGUCUACUUAAGUUCAGACUCUGUGUGCUGA